AUGGCUAUGCGAGGAAAACUGAGCGAAUGUCGCUCCAUAUCUCACGAUACCCUGCGGAGUGGCUCGCCACGGGUAGCGCAUUUUGACGGCGAAAUUCCUCCCGCACUCUCCCCGCUCGACGCAUUCGCUGCCCAGAGCCGCUAUCUUGCCCGACAACUCGAUGAAUCUCGACGAGGGGGCCGCCCCGUGAGUCGGCUGCCACCGGCGAGUGUAGCUCGAUCUCUUUCGCAAGGCCGCCCAACUUUCUACCGUUCCAAGUCGUCGACUGAACCCCGCACCGAACUGACCCGGAAACCCACGCAGAAGGGAGUCCCGGAGAUUGAAGACCCCAAGUACCGCCCUAUCUCCGAACAUCCUCGGUUUAGCUCAAUUUCCAAUGCUAGCAUAGACGCUAGCGAUUACGAGGAUGAUGAUGAUGACGAUGCGACACCCCGGACAACGAUGCUUAAUACUGGUCGGGAGGAGGAUGGGAUGACGCACGCCGAGUCACCAGAGGAGGUCCCGUUACAUGCAAGUGAGGCGGACGGUGAGCCUGUUGGUAUGGCGGUUGGUGAGCCGCAAGACUCAUCGAUCGAUUCAGCUGGGCGACUGGAUAUCCAACGCACCUUGGCACCGCCAGUGUCACCGCGAUCAUGCCCAUCCAGCUCUACCAAGACGACACACCCUGAAAGUUCUGAUGAUGACUACAGCAGCUCUAAUGGUGGGUCGACGUUCUCCGAACCUCGCAAGCUGUCUUCUGGAAGUGCUGUGUCAUUGCCAUACUCUCCCAUGUCGACAUUCCCCGCCCGACCACACCCCCGAUCGCCAUCCAUGAGCUCGGAGACAUCAGGAACGGGAACGACCCCACUACCCCGUCCUUCGUUCAACUUCUCUCGACCGCUCAGUCGGUCGAGUACGAGCUUAUCUGCUUCGGGAGCUUCGAUGCGUACUGAAUCGAAUCAUAAGCACCGCCGCAGCAGGCCGACUCCGCUGCUCUUGCAACUGUCGACCGAAGAUGCUGCCGGAAUGGCACCUAUCGAUGGCGAGCCGUCCUCCGCCAUGUCGUUUCACACGUACGCCGACCAUGCACUUCCGCGCGGACGCUUCCUUUCCCGGGACUCUGUCGUAUUUGGAGGCUUACAAACGCCUUCCCGGCACUCCGAGGAGCCACCGCAGAUGACGCGGACGCCAUCCCCCUCGCCCCAUCGCCAACUGGAGCACUCACCGAAGCCUCACUCAAUGCACGAAGUUCCAGUUCCCAAGCCUCAAAGCUCGACCCCGAUCCCUAACCCGAAAUUCCAACCUCCAUCUCCAUCUCCAUCUCCAUCUCCAUCUCAAUCUCCGCCUCAGCCUCAACCCCAACCUCAACUUCAACCUCAAACCCCCAAGCCUCAACCAGUCCCACAACCCCCGCCUAUGCCCAAAUCAGUGGAGCCGGAACCUCAGCCCUCUGUCGAGAGCACCCGACCGACGAUCAACGACAAGGAAGAGCCUGUCUCUUCUGCGAAUUCGGCCAGCACCAUGCGGCCCCAAGCCACCCCCGACAAGGUGACGGCUUCUGGCCUCACGGCUGACGACCACGUCGCCAAGGGGAUUGAAUGCCACGAGCGAGGAUCCCUGAGUGAAUCGACGUAUCAUCUGCGGAUUGCCGCGAAACAGGAGCACCCGACGGGAAUGCUGCUCUAUGCGCUGGCCUGUCGGCACGGUUGGGGCAUGCGAUCCAAUGAGAAGGAGGGCGUACGUUGGUUACGCAAAGCUGUGGACUCUGUCGGAUUGGACAAGUUGGGCGAUCCGGACGCUCCCGGUGCGUCGAAGGCGAAGGAAAUGCAAAAUACAUAUCGGGUUCAAUUUGCUCUGAGCGUUUAUGAACUCGGCGUCAGCUACUUGAAUGGCUGGGGUAUCGAGCAGGACAAGGCUUUUGCUCUGCGCUGCUUCGAGAUCGCCAGUCAAUGGGGUGACGUUGACGCCACGGCCGAAGCCGGAUUCUGCUAUGCACAGGGUGUUGGCUGUAAAAAAGACCUGAAGAAGGCGGCACACUUCUAUCGCUUGGCUGAGUCCAAGGGUAUGAGCAUGGUUGGCAACAGCUGGAUAUACAAGGACAAAUACAAAGAGACCGAGCCCACCGGCUGCUCCCGUGGCCGAAAUGCCACUGGAGAGAAGGACAAGGACAAAAAGCUGCGCAGCAAGUCCCGCACUCGCAGCAUCUUCCAACGCAAGAAGUCCGCCGUAUCAGAGGCUUAG